AAAGAUGGCGCUUCACUGGCGCACGCGGAUUCGGUGGACGCAUGCAAGUCUCUUUUGUGCUUUCACCUGUUAAUCGACAAGUUCAUCAUUUUAAAAACAUGUAAAGGUUGGAGCAAUGGGAGAAACAUCCGGGCCACCAAUCCUUGAAAUGAAACCACACUUAAAUGAUGCAAACCUUGUGAAACCGUGCUGUAAAAGAUGAGAUUCUUGGCUCUUGCAACACUGUUACCCUUCCCAAGGGUCCUUGGUUCUCAACUUGGUUCUAGCAGAACAUGUAUAGGCAAGGGAAACAAGUUAGCAAGAUAUUCCUUCAGCUAUCUUCCACCAGAUGGCACCAGUAGUAUUGUACAGACAAGAUGUCACCUCAACAUCAGGACCUCGCUGAAUAAGCAGAUAUCUAGGCGACGUAAGCAGUACCUCAAUAGCAGCUCAGCAGAUGAUGUCAUCAGAAAUUUUGAAAGGAACAAAAUGUUGAUAUUUGAUCCCAGGAAAUUUUUACAGUAUUUGUGGGCUCUAGUGCGGUCAAAUUCUGACAGCAACCGCAGCAGUUUUGACUUCCACUUUGUGACAUUCCUGGAGAUGGAAAGGCUUGAGAUGCUUCAGCCCAAUCAAAUAAAUGACAUACUCAUCCUUAUGUCUCAGUUAUCUCCAGAUAAGAAAAAUCAGAACAUUGUUGGUCCAUUGGAAGACUCUGUGUCGGCUAAUUGGGCACACUGGCCCAUGCUAGACAAACUCACAUGUGUUGAAGCUGCCAUCUAUGUCCGGUACUCUUUCAACAACCAAUUCUUUGAGUCUGAGAUGAAACGGUUUUAUGGCACUUUAGCCACUGAGGUUAAAGCCAUGAAGGAAAUAUCUCUGGUCAAAUUGUGCCGAGUCAUUUCCCUUUUGCACUCCUCCAAGAAUAUCCUGUGGCUGGACGUGAGCGCUAAAAGAUAUGCUUGUUUAUUAUUGGAUGCCGUGGAAAGCCAACUCUUUGGAAACCAUCAUGUAAGUGAGACUCUACAUCCUCAGGAUGUUGGACUGUUCUUACAGGUAUGCCAUGAAGUAGACAGACCUAUCUCGGCUGAGGUUCUGUCCAAAAUAGCGAACCCCAGUGUUUUGAGACCUGUGAUGAAUGCUGCUGACAGCAAAAUGGAUUGGGAAUCGGCGUCAUAUCGAUAUGUGAAAUGUGUGCAGGAUUUAUUUCGGGCGUCAAGAAAGCACCCGCCUGAAAUUUAUGCACUUUUGAAAUUCUUUAAGGAGAUGGAAGAUAAUGUUCUCAGUCAUGUGUCAUUAUUGCCUGUCAAACAUGGCGUGAAAAUAGCGUCUGCGUUUACCAAAGAGCGCUACUACUGCCCUAAAUUAAUUGACUCGCUCCUGGAGCACCAGGACAUCAGACGGGAUGAAAUGGGGACUGAAAGUAUAGUCCAGUUUUUUCAAGUUGUAAGAGACAGUUCUUAUAGGUGCGGAAAGGACUGUGUAAUGACUUUAGUACAUCUUUUCGAAAAAGCAGAUUUUUCAAAGAGUCCUCCGCAAGAAGAGCUUUCAUUUCUUGAAUGUGCAAUCCAUCUUGGAAUGAGUAGCUACUGGGGAAAACUGCUUGACCGAGUGCUGGACGAGGACAUUUUCAUCAUAAAAGCCAGUCAGGACAGUUCCCAGUCCUCAGCUAUGUUACAGAUGAAGAUCAAUAUUUGUAGUUUUCUAGUGCAGAAGUGGAUAAGUGAGUAUGGCAGACAACUUCUAGAUAUCCAUGGACUUCUGUCAGAAAGUCUGCAGCAGAUGGAGUUCUUUGGUGAUGGUGGAAAGAAAGCAAUAGCUGAUGAGCUUUUGGUAGUAGAUGAGAAUGAUGAUGCUCAGAAUGCCCCAAAAUCCUUUCAGAAAGUUCAGGUUGACCCUUUAGAGGCUGAUGAAGAGGUACAGCUAGAAAACGUACCUGAUUCAACUGAGCUUGAUCAUAGAAGGGAUUUUGGACUCCCAGAAGACAUUCUUGAGGAUCGUGGCAAGGAGCAGGGGGAGUUGAGUGAAGGGCUUCAACUUCUCAAAUCAGCAUUGCUGUUAAAAGGAUACCCAAGCAGACCUGUGCAUCUCCCGUACAUGAACACUAGUUUCUUGGAAAUCUGCCUGGACGAGUCGGGCAUACCAAGGGAUGUGAAUGGGCCUACAGUAGAUGCCUUGGGUCUGUCAGUUAGGCAUCAUCAAGGUGGUUACACCAAGGUUGCCAUACUUCCCGUCGAGCCGCAACAUUAUUUUAUCAACUGCUAUCCAAAGAAACUCAUCGGUGAAGAAGAGGCCAGAGUCAAACAUGUCAAGAAUAUGGGAUAUGAACAUGUUUUGGAUGUUCUCACAACACUGCCAAUGGAUGUUCUGAACAAGUGCCUUGCAGCUAAAAUAGAGGAAUGUGUUCAGAAAUUUCCUGAGAAAAAGACAGAAAACUGGUGGUCCCCCCUACAUAAAGAAGGAAGGCCAUCACUGGAGCUGUUGAAUAGAAUGGAUUGUAUUUAUUUCGCUGAUCUAGAGAAUUUUUCCAAAUAUGAUGAACUGCAGGAGUUACUCUCUGACGGAACAUUUUUAUGGGGAUUUGGUUCACCUAAAUUUCUACCGAAUAAAAAAUUUUUCAUGCAGCCCAACACUUACUAUGAAAUUGCUACAGACACUGAAAAGGAUGCUGCAGACAUUUGCCUUAUUAUAAGGGUGGCACAGAUGGGUGAGAAGAUCUCUAAACACGUCGCAUUUGAGGUCUGGUCGUCAGAUAAAAUAUUCGAGAUGUUACCUAAGAUGAUAAGAAGGGAUUCAGAUAGAGAGAUUGAAAUAGUCAAACCCCACCAGAAAAAACAAAACGGCAAAGUUACUGUAAAAAAAUUCAAUAGAAAAAAAAUUGGAAAACCAACUUUGGAGCAAAAUUGCAAGUUGCAGGGUGCCCGGGUAGAGGACAAUGUUUCUGUUGGAUCCCACAUUUGGAAAAGUGAAUCGCAACCUGGUGGGGAGGAAAAGAAGAAGACACCAGAAACAAAAUAUCCUGUCGAUAUUCUUGACAGGCAGCGUCCAGGACUGAAAUAUAAGCUUGUCGCUGAAAUUGGAAAGGGCAAAGCUAAGAAUUUUAUUAUGGAGGUGACGGUGGACGGAGAGACAUUUCAGGGUUCAGGGAGGAGAAAAAUAGAUGCCAAGAGACUUGCGGCUAAAGCCGCCCUCAGCAAGAUCUUCAACUGGGAAAUCUCUGAGGUUCCAGGUUCGGCGGAAAAAUAUUUGGAGGCUAAAGCAAAAGCUACAAGAAAAAUCAUUAGAGAUAUCAACAAGUUGCAAGGUGGCAAGAUAUCCAUGAUAGACUUGAGUGAAGAAAAGAGUGAAAUAGAUUUUUCUCCAGAAGAAGAGAAGUCUAUAUAUAUGCCUCAAAGGGAUUCUCUUCCCCAAGCUAGAGGACAAUUUAGAAAACUUGAAAGAGAGUAUGACCUAGACUCUUUGAAUUCUGAGGAUGAUUAUAAGGAGGAGGAAGAAAAGUUUAUGGUCAUAGCUCCUGAUGUGCUGUUGGAGGAGAAUGGUUUUGGAGAAACGGAGGCACAUUCUGAAGAUAUCGAUGUGUAUGCAGAUUGUUUGAUAGAUGCGCUUAAUCAGGAUCAGCUCUGUGAUGGCAGUGCUGAUGAGGAUGAAGAUGAAGAUGAGGAUGAGGACAGCUCAGAGAUGGGGGAGAGCACAAGCAGUCUCCAAGAUGAAAGAGAGAAGAGACUAGAAACCACAAAUAGAUUGCACAAAACAGUGGAAUACUUGUCUUUCGAUGAAGACAACACUACCUGUACAUCGAAUGUGACUGCUGCUCUGUUACCACAGGAAUCUAGCCAAUUAGAAGUUACAGAAAAGAAAAGCAAAAAAAAUGGCAGUCAACGGAAAUGUAGUUAUUGCAAGGGUUUGGGCCACAUCAACAGAGUGACCAAGGGGAUCCCUACCUGCCCAAAGAGAAGAGCAGAUGAAGGUCACUAAAGGUCACUGAUGAUUGGAAUCAAGAUUGUUUACAAUUUUUGUCGGAAUACAUUGCUAUCUUUGCACAGACCAUGUCCUGGCUUCAGAAACCAGCCCCUUUUGGAGUUUAAAACAGGGAUGCCAAGUGUUUUUGUUCCAGGGUGCAUUUUCCGGUGGAGAUAGAUUAGGCUAACUUGUUAUUAUAAUUACCCAUCAACUGACCAGGUGGUUGGAAUUAGCUCACCAAAUGACUGUGGAUCAAACUAUGUAUCAGACUUUGUAUUACGUACCCUAGUAGCAAGGCAGCAUUGGAUACUGCUAAGGAUUAUCACAAUCGAAAAUGGGGAGAUUGUAAGAGAUUAAAAUUAAUUUUUUAAGGUUUACCUUUUUCCGAGACAAGUGAAGUCUCAACCUUAUCAGAUUAUAUGAUAUUGUGUGCUGAAGUGAAGAACACUUUAACAUAUCUAAAAAAAAAAAAUUUUUUUUUCCUUAUUAUGAGCAUUGUCAUAUGAAGAUCGUCAUUUUCAACCAUUACUGUGACAUGCGCCAUGGAUUUGUUGCUAGAAAAAUAUUUUGCCACAGUUUUAGCAUUACUAUGCUAUUUGUCAUGGUGAAAUAGUAACAUCGGAUAAAACAAUGUAUAUAAUUGCAUUAACAGGAAUAAGGUAUAUGAAAUAGUCUGAAAAAUUAAGUUUUAUUAAACUGAUCAUACGAAAAAGUUUACAUGAUGCAUUUGUACACCUAUUGGUAUGCUGUUUAUGAAAUUUGUUAGUUAAUAAAAAAAUAAGACAGACCAUCAUUUUGUAAAUAGUUUUUAUUGAACUUAAAGGGACGGGAUGCCAGAAGCAUUAAACAAAUAGAAAAAAUAUUUCCUUUAAAACAAAAACCUUAAGGUAUAUAAUAUAGAAAUACACAUUUACUACAUAAACACUCAUAGUUGGGACGGAAUGCUCUUAGAGAACUUAAGUAAACUUAUUUUCAGUUUCCAAGUAUUUACUUUGUAAACCCUUAAAGCAAAUCUAGUGGUAUCACUUCUAGGCACAAAAUAAGAAAUUGUGUAUCAAUUGUUUGGUAAUUUGGACUCUUAUUGGCAAACUCUACAUGUCUGGACAAACUAAUCGCCUUCACCUGUUGUCACACAGUGGCGGGAUUUACAGGGGGUCCUGACCUCCCCCCCCUUCAGUUUCUGAAAAAUAUAUCACACCAAAAUUCCCCUCUCAACAUUAAAAUUUUGACCAGCUAAUUCAUAAUUUGAAACUGAACCAAAGGGCACCAUUUGCCUUCCAAAACACCAAGACACCUUGAGCAGGUCUUGAACCCCAUGCCAAGAGGGGGAAUGAUCAGCUUCAUAUCUGAGCUUUGUCUUU